CGAACGGCGGACAAGAACGAUAACACCCACCCACCGCAACCCCCUCCCCGCACCCCGACCGCUUCCACGACAAACAGCAAGCACACCGCCGCACAUACGCGACUGCUCCUCUUGCUUCUUCGCCUGGCGCGAGUUCAAGAAGCCUUUCGGCGCCUAAUCUUCACCCACUUUCCAUCCACUACUUCUUCCGCCAACAACCACCUAUUCUCUCUCGCAGUUCCGCUCGCUAUCGGCACAACCCCACAUCUUCUCCGCUUCCAUAUCCCCAUCCACCACAAUGGCUGACGUUGCGACGGCGCCAAAUCCCAACCAGCAGGUCCCGUUGGACACGAUUCCCAUCUCGCCGUCAGAGAACACUUCAAGUGAAGCUAAGACGCAAGGUUCCACCAACGCUGCCUUGGAAGGAGAGAUUAGGACUGUCUUCCACGAUGCAGAGAACUUCAACGUCAAGCACCCCCUCAUGAACACCUGGACGCUCUGGUUCACGAAGCCUCCGAGCGGCAAGGGCGACAACUGGAACGAGCUGUUGAAGGAGGUCAUCUCUUUCGACUCGGUCGAGGAGUUCUGGGGCAUCUACAACAACAUCACGCCGACGUCCGACCUCGCUCUCAAGUCAGACUACCACCUCUUCAAGAAGGGCGUGCGGCCGGAGUGGGAAGACACGCAGAACAAGCACGGCGGCAAGUGGGCCUUCCAGUUCAAGGACAAGAAGUCGAUCAACAUCGAUGCGCUGUGGCUGCACGUCAUGCUGGCCGCCAUCGGCGAGAACCUCGAGGACGAAGACGAUAACGAAGUCAUGGGCGUCGUCGUGAACGUUAGGCGUGGCUUCUACCGUAUCGGCCUCUGGACCCGGACCGUCGGUAAAGCUCUCCCCGGCGAGCAGGGCAAGGGCAGGACAUUUGAGCAGGGCAAGGAGACUCUCACCAAGAUCGGCAAGCGCUUCAAGCAGGCGCUGCAGCUCAAGGAGAACGAGGUGGUCGAGUUCUCGGGCCACACGGAUGCUGCUCACGCGGGUAGUACACGUGCGAAGGCCAAGUUCGUCGUCUAAAUGGCCGUGACGGGGCCGGACUGACGGCUUCGCAUGUGGAAGUCUUGGGCAGAUUAUUAGGACGAAGCUCGGACUUUGCCUCAUACUCCGCGUGUGCUCCAGUGGUCACGGCCUUGGAUAGGCUUCUGGUCAUUUUCUUUGGAUGGGUAAAAGAGCCUUGGAAAAUUCGCUCAUCGGUCAUCUGGUGCUUGGGUUAUAGCAUGGCGUCUGCAUGGGGCGGCGACGGGUGUGACAUUGGGUUUUUGACAUGAUUCACAUGGCCUUGGUGGAUAUGGUCGAGCGCGGGAGGGAGUGGUACUGUGCUUGAUAGACCUAAUCUCUUAACUCGUAAAUAGAGCUACGGGCAGGAGAGGAUAUCAUCUCUGAAAUUCUGAGCUGCUGGGCACGCUGAAUCACCGUGCGUAUUCGUAGCUUCCGCGUCACCAGCACCGAGGCGUAGCUUCGUAACUC